UCCAGCGCCUGUCUCUGCUCAGUGGGCUCCCGGCUGACAGACAGAAGAUGGGGUGGGCUCUGUCACCCGUGCCCCGGGCCUGGCGUGCCCGGCCAGCCCCGAGACUGCACCGUGCCCUGUUGCCGCCCACCCAGAGGCUCCCUGCCACCCCGGCGCCCAGCAACGGGGUCUCCCAUGUGGCCUUCCUUCCCGCGGCGGAGAGGGUUAUAUAAUGUGGGGACAGCUGCCCAAGUCGGAGGAAGAUGAAGUCUUUGUUAAAUGCCUUCACCAAGAAGGAAGUGCCCUUCCGAGAGGUCCCGGCAUACUCCAACCACAGGCGGCGGCCCCCCAACACGCUGGCCGCUCCCCGGGUGCUGCUCCGCUCCAACAGCGAUAACAACCUCAACGUGGGUGCCCCCGAGUGGGCCGUCUGCUCUGCGGCCCCCUCCCACCGCAGCCUCUCACCCCAGCUGCUGCAGCAGGUGCCCAGCACCCCUGAGGGCGCAGUGAAGACCCUCGGGGGCUACACCUCGGGAGCCCGCAGCCGGUCCCCAUCGCUCAACAGGUUGGGCGGCGCCGGCGAGGAUGGCAAGAGACCCCAGCAGCUCUGGCAUGUUGGGCCCACUCCCCCUCCUGGUGCCAGCAAGGACCCACUGUCCGCCUUUGAGCAGCCGGGCCCCAAGCGGAAGCUGUACAGCGCUGUCCCCGGGCGGCUCUUCAUCGUUGUCAAGCCAUAUCAACCCCAGGUCGGUGGCGAGAUCCCCCUGCACCGCGGCGACAGGGUCAAAGUCCUGAGCAUCGGGGAAGGCGGCUUCUGGGAAGGCAGCGUCCGCGGCCACGUUGGAUGGUUUCCAGCCGAGUGCGUGGAGGAGGUGCAGUGCAGGCCUCGGGACAGCCAGGCAGAAACCCGUGCGGACCGCAGCAAGAAGCUCUUCCGGCACUACACGGUCGGCUCCUAUGACAGCUUUGACGCAGCCAGCCUCCUUCAGCUGCAGCACGGCUCGGCUGCCGAUACGCCCAUCGAAGAAUUCACUCCGACGCCGGCGUUCCCAGCCCUGCAGUACCUGGAGUCUGUGGAUGAGGGCGGGGUGGCAUGGCAGGCCGGACUGAGGACCGGAGACUUCCUGAUCGAGGUCAACAACGAGAAUGUUGUGAAGGUGGGGCACCGGCAGGUGGUGGCCAUGAUCCGACAGGGCGGCAACCACCUGGCCCUCAAGGUGGUCACCGUAAGCCGGAACCUGGACCCGGAUGACACCGCCCGGAAAAAAGCGCCCCCUCCGCCCAAGCGCGCGCCGACCACAGCGCUCACGCUGCGCUCCAAGUCCAUGACCUCGGAGCUGGAGGAGCUCGUGGAGAAAGCCUCCGUCCGGAAGAAGAAGGACAAGCCCGAGGAGAUCGUGCCCCCCUCCAAGCUGUCGCGGGCGGCGGAGAACGUGGCUGUGGAGUCCAGGGUGGCCACCAUCAAACAGCGGCCCACCAGCCGGUGCUUCCCCUCUGUCUCCGACCUGAAUUCCGUGUAUGAGCGCCAGAGCAUUGCAGUCAUGACGCCCACGGUUCCCGGGAGCCCAAAGGGGCCGCUGCUGGGCCUGCCUCGAGGCACAAUGCGAAGGCAGAAGUCCAUAGACAGCAGACUCUUUCUCUCAGGGAUCACCGAGGAGGAGCGGCAGUUCCUGGCGCCCCCGAUGCUCAAGUUCACCAGGAGUCUGUCCAUGCCGGACACCUCGGAGGACAUCCCCCCGCCUCCCCAGUCCGUGCCCCCGUCCCCGCCCCCGCCCUCCCCCACCGCCUACAACUGCCCCAAGUCCCCGACGCCGGUGCGCGUCCACGGCCCCACCAAGCCCGCCUUCAACCAGAACCCCGCGACCAAGGUCUCGGCGGCCAGCCGCUCCGACACGGUGGCCACCACCCUGCGGGAGAAGGGCCUGUACUACCGCAGGGAGCUGGAUCGCUACUCCCUGGACUCGGAAGACCUGUACAGCAGGAGCGCCGCCGCCGCCGCCCAGGCCCACCUCCGUGGCAAACGGGGCCAGAUGCCCGAAAACCCGUACUCGGAGGUGGGCCGGCUGGCCCACAAGGCCGUGUUUGUACCGGCCAAGCCCGCGCGGCGCAAGGGGGUGCUGGUGAAGCAGCCCCACGUGGAGGACAGCCCCGAGAAGACCUGCUCCAUCCCCAUCCCCACCAUCAUCGUCAAGGAGCCGUCCACCAGCAGCAGCGGCAAGAGCAGCCAGGGCAGCAGCGUGGAGGCCGACCCCCAGGGCGCCGAGCAGCCCGGCCAGCUGCGGCCGGACGACAGCCUGGGCGUCAGCAGCCCCUUCGCCGCUGCCAUCGCGGGCGCCGUGCGUGACCGCGAGAAGCGGCUGGAGGCCCGCAGGAACUCCCCGGCCUUCCUCUCCACCGACCUGGGCGACGAGGAUGUGGGGCUGGGGCCACCCAAGGCCACGGAGGAGGAAGAGGAGGAGGAGGAGGAGGAGGGCAGCAGCCACAGGGAGGCCAGCGAGGAGGCCCUGCCACCAUCCGAGCCGGGGCCCAGGGAGCGGCCGGAGAACCACUUCGGGGGCGAGGGAGACGCCCAGGAGGAGGCCGGGCGCCUGCCCAAUCCCACGUCCAAAGCCAAAGGGCCCGAGAGCGGGAACGAGACGUACGUCCACCCACUGACCGGGAGGCUGCUGGACCCCAGUUCCCCGCUGGCGCUGGCCCUGUCCGCCCGGGACCGGGCCAUGAAGGAGUCCCAGCAGGGGCCCAAGGGGGAGGCCCCCAAGGCCGACCUCAACAAGCCCCUGUUCAUCGACACCAAGAUGCGCUCCGCGGCCGAGGCCCCAUUCCCGGCCGCGCCCCGGCCGAGCGCCAGGGGCCCGCUGCGCCGGCAGGAGACGGAGAACAAGUACGAGGCGACAGGGGCGGCCGGGGCAGGGGGCCGAGAGCCCAGGGGUGACGACAAGCACAGGCUCAUCCCCAUCCUGGACGCGUCGCAGCAGAGGGCAGCCGGCCUGCUCAUGGUCCACACCGUCGACGCCGCGCUGGCGGACGGCUCCCUGGAGGAGGAGGACCCGCAGGCGCUGCAGGAAGAGACACCGCCGCCGACCCCCGGGGGGCCGCCCGGCGUCUCCGCAACCGAAGGUGCUUUACAGCCCCCCGCCGCCCCGGAGCCGGCCGCCGCGACGGGGGGCAGAGUCAUGGUGGCGGCCAGCUCUGUGGAGGAGCCCGUAGUCCUGCCUUUCCACAUCCCGCCCCCGCCGCUGGCCUCCAUGGACCUGGAUGAGGACUUCAUCUUCACAGAGCCGCUGCCCCCGCCCCUGGAAUUUGCCAAUAGUUUUGAUAUCCCCGACACGGACCUCGCCCAGCCCAGAAGGCACGAAGGCCCCCAAGCCCCACCGCCCAACAACGGCCAGCCGACCCACGUGGCCACGCAGGGAGUCAGGAAACCCGCCGGGCUCUCCAACUGCCUGCCCGCCCCCUUUGUGCCGCCCCCCGAGAGCUUCGAUGCCAUCACGGACUCGGGCAUCGAGGAGGUGGACAGCCGUAGCAGCAGUGACCACCACCUGGAGACGACCAGCACCGUGUCCACCGUGUCCAGCAUCUCCACCCUGUCCUCGGAGGGCGGUGAGAAUGCGGACACCUGCACCGUCUAUGCAGACGGACAGGCCUUUGUGGUUGACAAGCCCCCCGUGCCCCCGAAGCCCAAGGUGAAGCCCCUCCUCCCCAAGAGCAACGCCCUGCACCACGAUGCCCUAGUGGAGGAGGAAGCCGACUGCUUCCUGCUGCCCCCGCCAGCCCCACCGCCCCCGCCGGGCGGUACCCAGCCCACCACGGCCAAGCUGGUGCAGCCAAGGACCUCCAAGCUGUGGGGUGACACCCCUGAGGUCAAGAGCCCCAUUCUCUCAGGCCCCAAGGCCAACGUCAUUAGCGAAUUGAACUCAAUCCUACAGCAAAUGAACCGAGAGAAAUCGGCCAAACCCAGGGACAUCCUGGACUCACCCAUGGGAAGCAAGCCUGCCAGUCUGGCAACCAGAGGCUCAGAGAUUUCGAGCACCGUCUCAGGCACUCGCAACACCACCGUCACCUUCACAGUCCGCCCCGGCACCUCCCAGCCCAUCACCCUGCAGAGCCGGCCCCCCGACAGCGAAAGAAGUACCUCAGGGGCGAGACGCGCCCCGAGCCCUGUGGUCUCGCCCACGGAGCCGAGCAAAGAGCUCCUGCCCGGCCCGCCCUUGGCCGCCAGCGCCGCCACCUCGCCCUCCCCCACCCUCUCAGACGUCGUCUUCAGCCUUCCGCCGAGCCAGCCCCCCUCCGGGGACCUGUUCGGCUUGAACCCAGCGGGGCGCAGCCGGUCCCCGUCCCCCUCGAUCCUGCAGCAGCCGAUCUCAAAUAAGCCUUUCACAACUAAACCCGUCCACCUGUGGACCAAGCCGGACGUGGCCGACUGGCUGGAGAGUCUCAACCUGGGGGAGCACAAGGAGACCUUCCUGGACAACGAGAUCGACGGCAGCCACCUGCCCAACCUGCAGAAGGAGGACCUGAUCGACCUGGGAGUGACCCGGGUCGGACACAGGAUGAACCUCGAAAGGGCUCUGAAACAGUUGCUGGACAGAUAGGGGCAGCCGGGCUGGCCCACACGCACGGACGUCUCCUUUAUAAGUAGAGAUGGGCUGGGAUGGAAGAGGUCCGGCCGCCGAGCUGGGUCGGUGGGCGCCGACCCCCUCCCACUAGUUUGUCUUCUGGUACCCAAAGAAGCACUAAGUGCACCCACCGUGUGGCAGCACCUCCCCUGCUCUCUCGGAAGGGGGUCUGUUCCUGUCCUGCAGGGACAAGGGGAGGGGGCUUUGCCGACACGCAGAGAUUCAUGGCACGCAGGUGGCCCCCCCUGGGCUGGGUCCCAGUGGCUCCAAUGAUGCCUGAGCACAGGGGUCCUGGCUUUUGUAAGCAGACCCCUGUGUACUCCCGAUACCUCCCAGGUCCCCCUCGGCCUCCCGGGCACUUCCAUUGCUCAGAGCUCCUUCCUGUACUUUGUGGGCAGUGGGCCUCCACACACACACACCACUGGGUCAGUGGGGUGCCCCCCCAGGCCUGAAAGGCAGAGAAGUGUUGUUGGGGCCCCCUCAACUCUACACCCCGAGGGUCCCGGCCCUGAGGUCCUGGCCCUGGUGGAUAGGAUUGUGUCCAACUUGGCUUUGCUUUCUUUCUGCGUUUCUGCAAAUCUACUCACGUCUUUCCAAGGUGGGUCAACCCGAUGCCACGCGGAGUUAGUCACGAUCCCGGGAGGAAGGGGGACCCUGCCACGGGGCGGGAGGAGGGCCGGCCUUCUCUGCCUUCCAGCCUCCCGGGGGUGAGCUCUGCCAAGCCAGGCCACAGAGAGCAUCCCGCGGGCGCGGGGGCUCGCGAGGGCUGAAGGCGGGUGCACUGUCCUCGUGGGGCUUGUGGACACAGCAGUGGGCACAGUGGUCUGAGCCCUGGGAGAUGGCCUUUGGCUGAGACCAGCGCAGAUUGUCCUACAGUCCCCCUUUCUCUCUGGAUGUCCAGGAAUCCCCACCCGAGAGCAUCUUAGCGAUCUAUCAGGUCCUCGGAGGACCACUGGGCAUGGAGUGGCUGCAGGACCCGGGUUCAGAACAGAUGGGGGGCAGAAAGCAGGGGGGGUGUUCUGAGCAGGUGACGAGAACAGGGAGGUCUCCCGGCCACCAAUCAGGCUGCCUGAGAGCCUUGCCCCCUCUUCCCCUGGGAGCCCCCCUCCCCUGUAACAAUACCUCUAGUUCCCCCCGGGAGACUGCCUGCCAUCCCUGCACCGAACACCAGCCCCGUCGGACCUCCAGCACCUUCCCCCACAUCUGGAACGUUCUCAGAAGUCAGGGCCUCUGGUGUCAUGGCAAAUUCAGAACUCGCCCAGCCCAUCUCUAAUUAUACACUGCUUUUCUUUCUUUCCUUUUUCUUUCUUCCCUUAUGCUCACAAUAAAGUGUCUGAUUAGGUCUGGGACAGCCCUGGAAUGAGUUGGUAACACUUAGCAAUUUAAAACUCUCUUUUCUUUACUGCAAGUUUAAAUCAUUGUACAGAUAGUUCAUAAGCACAAUAUUUUAAGAGAAAAAAAAGUGGCUGGUCUACUGGGCCACCUUUGUGCCACUUCAGUGCUAGAAAGUAAAAGAGGAAAAAAAAAAGAAAAACCUAAAAAAAAAAUUUAAAAAACUUUUUGUGAUUUAAUAAUACUAUUUCUGUGGAAUAAUGAUAAAAGUACGACCUUUUUAAAUCCACCUUACUUGGAUGCAUCGGAACCAGCAGAGCUGUGCUAUAUUUUCUACCUUUGCAAGAACUUGGUCAUCAAAGGACAAUUCUUUUCUCCAAACGUGGUGACGGUUCACACUGCAGCCAGUGUCUCCUAAAACAAAGCCAACCCACGUGUGGCGCGCACCACAUGCACGCGCGCACACGCACACACAUACACACACACACACGCAACACACACACACACUUCCAGCCACAGGUCCCUGGCUUGAAAAACAUCAUCUCUGGACCUACCUCUGGUCCAAAGCCUUUUUGCAGGUCAACCUUUGUAUUUGGAAUGAUCCCACUCUCCCUGGAAAUGUUCCGAUGGAAUGUUCUGGAGCUUCAGUGGCUGCCCCCACCCCCCACCCCCAUUCCACGGAAGGAAUCGUUUGUUCUAGGGAACCCACAAGCCAAGAUUGGAGAGGGGGCGGACAGCAGACUCCACCCACUGGUUCAGAGCAGGUAUAACACAGUGGCCCUGCCUUACCUGUCUUCCAUUGGACGGUGUUGCAAAAUUCAGUAAGUAGACCACUCCCCCCCCAGCCCCGCCCACCUUGGCCCCAAGUGGCAUCAGGCAAAAGCUAGGUAAAGCUAGGGAGUCACCACCGACCGCAGCACGGAGUCGUCCGGCUUGCUGGGCUGGGACCACCCCGUGAGAUGGCCGGCCGGCCGUUGCUCCUUUUCUAAAAGCAACUGAGCCACGUGCCGCCCGUGGGACCCACAUGGCCUGCUGUGGGCCAGUGGCCGCGGGGCCUCUCGGACCGGCUAGGUACACAUGCUGCCUAGGGUGGCUGGGACCCCAGCUAGAGUGAUGGUUUGGGUACAGAAAGCAAUAGUCCCUCGUGCCCGUUGACACCCACUGUUCUCCCCCUUCUGUAGAGGGGGUGGGGGAACCCAUACUCCAUGACCCCCUUCAUGGCGGAGCCCAUGUCCACAGUAUCCCAGGUUUUAAGAUCAACUCUUGUUAGAUACUGUAACUUAAGGCAAUUGCAUUUACAUGCCGAGUUUCUGUAAUAAUUGUGUAUACGCAAACCAAAACCUCUCCAGAUGUACAUGAUGUAUUCCCUGCCCGGAUACCUCCUCCCGGUGAGGGGGGGGGCGGGAGCGGGUGUCUGCGCACAGUGUGAGUUACUUUCUAUCCGAUCAAGGCGACUCCGUGUGACCGUAGGUUUGCUGAACCUCACACAGCACAAAGCUGGUGACUUGUGGCACUUGGGGGAAUAAAAUGGUGACUUUUCUUUCUUUUAUUUUCCAUUUCCUGGGCACCCCGGGGAGGAGCGAGCAUUGCCCAGUUGAUAGGGGGAGCCCCCUUGUGUGUAUGUGUGUGAGUUUGGGGAAGAGGCCACAGAUAACGGAUUUCCCCCGUGAACAGCCACAGCAAGUGCGGGUUUUUCAUUUCUAGGCACGAACGUGUCUCACACUACAGUUUACUUGACCACACGUUGCCCCCCAUCUCCAUUACCGUUAGUUUUGUGCUUUGAUUCUUUUUAGAUUUGACUUAAAAAAAAAGAAAAGCAAAAAAAAAACAAAAACCACACACGGCAAAAACAAAGCUCUUGUGAUCGCACUUUCUCCCAAUCCUUAAAUCUCUUGUACGGAACCAAAAUUACUGUAAAAAAACAAUAGUAAUAAAUAAAAUUGCACUAAGGCGGUGGUUCUGAUUG